UUCACUUGACGUGUAUAGCUUUGUAUUUGUAACAGAAUUUAUUACGAUUUUUCAUGAAAAACUGUAAAUUCAGUAAUUUUAGAGUGUAACCAAACUAAUAUAAAUACUUUGCGAAGAUGAUGCAGCAUCAGUACUGGGUAACCAAGAAGACUGUCUUGAAAAAACUGGGAACCAAAGAGGACGACUGUAUAGUUUCGUCGGACGCCGAAUUGGAUGCUAAACUGGAGCUUUUCCGAUCAAUAUCGGAUAGCUGUUUGCAGCUGCAGAGGAUCCUCGACCAGUACCAGGAGCGGCUGUGCGUGCUGGCUCAAGAAGAGAACUCUUUAGGGAAGUUUUUGAAGGAAGCUGGUAAGACGUCGGAUCCGUCGGGAGUGCACAUGGUUUCAGCCGGGAAGGCGAUAUCUUACUCCGGGCAGCAACGGCUGUCGAUCAGGAGCCCGCUGCUGCGGCUGUACCACGAGGUGGAAACGUUCCGAGCGCGUGCGGUGAGUGACAUGCGGUGCACGGUGUCUGCUAUGGAGAAGGCGAGGACGGAGUACCGGGCAGCCCUCAGCUGGAUGAAGUCUACCAGUGCGCAGCUCGACCCCGACACCGGCCGCGGCCUCGACAACUUCCGCAAGGCGCAGCGGCAAGUGCGCGAGAGCAAAAAGGCCUUUGAUAAGCUCACACUGGAUGUAUUGCAAAAGAUUGACCUACUAGCAGCAGCCCGCUGUAACAUGUUCUCCCACGUCCUGACAAACUACACUAGCUCCUUCCUGCAGUUCUCCAGCAAGGUGGCGCAGACCCUGGUGUCCUCGGCAGAGACCAUGACGGUCAAACCUCAGUACCAGUUCACGAUGCUCGCGGAGCUGUCACAGAAGUUAGGGGAAGGAGAUGAGAAGAAGACAGAGGCUGUACCUGCUGAUAAGGAUCAAAUGCUGUUUUUUCAGGACGAAUACAAAGAUGACGAUGCCAAAAGUAAAGACAAGACACAGGAGAAGAAAGAGGAAAGCUCUGAGAACAACGAAACAGUUCCGUCCACUGCUGAAGCCUCGUCGGUUAACCUCAUUGACACAAGUGAAGAGAAUGCCAUCAGCUCAGAGGGAGCUGUCAAUGCUGAUCUAGCCGGCUUGAGGAUGGAUGCCGGUGACAUGGCCAGUCAGAUGGGCUCUUUCAUGCCUUCGCAGAUGUUACAGGAUCUGAUGUCCCAAAACUUGCCGCCAUCCCCGAUGGCACCGAGCACUAGCGGGGAGCAAAAGAAGGUACCCAUGAAGGUGGCACCGAAGAAGGAAGACAAGGCUGCUUGGUUCAAACUGUUUGCUGAGCUGGACCCUCUGGCCAACCCUGACAGUAUGCCUGGUGCUAACAGCGACCACAGUCAUGCUGCUUAGAUAAUUGUCUCUGUUGAAAGAUGUAAAGGGUAAGUUCCAAUUUCUCCAUUGUGGGUUAUCUAACCGACAGGGAUUGAUUUAUAAAUUAAACGUCAUCUCCAUAUAAAAUUCAUGACAGAUGUGUCAAAAGUUAACCACUCCACUCCCUGGGUAUGCUGUAACCGAGAAUGGAGAUAUUGGCACUAAGGGUAUGUCCUGAUUUGGCUAACAUUCAGUAUGUGAAUUCUCUAGUUCUUUAUUUAGUGCAGUGUGGCCUUGGCUUAGUUGCUCAUCAGCAGGAGUUCUGGUGAUAUUCAAUCACUUCCAUACAUAAGCCUUAUCAAGACCCGCUUAUAUACCUAUACAAAUAAAUAGUGGAUUACUCAAAGGUUAUUCAAGGAUCUAUGUGUCUUGUCAUCCAAUUAGAUUGUCCUGAUCCUAAAAAUGCUAACUUAAAAUACCUGUUAGCUCUCCUAUGAGUAAUUCCCUUUAGUGUCAGGUACUAUAUAUUUAUAUUAACUUGCUAUAAAAGCCUGAAAACAUUGUAUUGGCUCACAAAUCUCGUAUAACUUGAUUAGUGUUAGGUAUAUAACACAAAAGUAACAUAGGACAACAUCAUAUUACAUAUUAUAUUAUGUAUUUAUAAAUAACUUGUGCUUUUGAAGUGGAAAAAAAAUAUAAGCACUGUAUAUGCAAAGUACCUACCUACAUAAGAGAUAUAAACAUUCCAUAAAUUAUUUAGUUUGAUAACUAAUUCCAUUCCGUUCAUUAAGUGCAAAUAUUUAUCUUUGAAGGGAAGUUGGCACAGUAUUUAUAAUAUGAAAUGUGUAUUGUAUAUUGUAUGAGUAUGACAUUCACUGAUAGUGAUAGCCUACUACCAUAUAAAAAUAUACAGGAUAGAAAAGAUAGUUGUGGCAAUGAGGGUAGCCUUUGCCUUACCCAUUGUAGGUACAACAAAGAUGGUUUAUCCUCCUACAGUUUUGGAAGGAUUACCCAGUCAGAUUAAUUACUAUUUUACUGCACAGUGUUGCAAUUUUUUGGAAGUCUGGAUGGUCUAUCUAUAGCUGCAAUGGUUUCAGCAUUUAUCUUAUACAAACAGUAUAUUUUACAUGGUUGUAGCUUCUUAUAAUUCAGUCGGUAGUUAUUUGGUACAUAGGUACCAUUUAUAUGUAAGAAGUCUGUAAAGAUCUGAUACGAGGUGAUGUAAAAUUCCAUA